AUGACUGCAACAAUGGAGUUGGGCAUCUCGAAGCAUCAGCGUUUUCCCAACAACCUCAUUGGUCCAUUCCAGUUGAGCCCCUCUGGCCCAGGACCCUCCCACCUGCUUCUCUCCUGCGACUGCGCUCUGGGCCAGGCACGCCCCGCCCCCACACCACCCUUCUCGGAGAUGGAAAUUCUGGGCGCAGAGUGGACUCCAGAAGAUGAAGCAGGUAGGGUGGUGGGGAUGCUGGGGCUGGAGGGCCAAGGCAUGACUAGGUGGAGCAUGCGAGAGGACCAGAGAGGAUACGCUGAGCCAAAACGUCUGGGCCUGGGCCGGAGGGCCAUGGUGGAUGAUACUGAGGAUGUCUCCCUGGACUUUGGCAACGAAGAGGAGCUGGCCUUCAGGAAAGCCAAGAUCAGGCACCCCUUGGCCACCUUUUUCCACCUGUUCUUCCGAGUCAGUGCCAUCGUCACCUACAUAUGUUGUGACUGGUUCAGCAAAAGCUUUGUGGGCUGCUUUGUCACUGUGCUGCUCCUCCUGUCCUUGGACUUCUGGUCUGUGAAGAAUGUAACUGGAAGGCUCAUGGUGGGCCUCCGAUGGUGGAACCAGAUUGAUGAAGAUGGGAAAAGCCACUGGAUAUUUGGAGCCAGAAAGGUCUCGUCCAGCAACAUCGCUGCCACAGAAGCCGAAGCGCGCAUCUUCUGGCUCGGUCUUAUCAUCUGCCCCAUGAUUUGGAUUGUGUUCUUUUUUAGCACCUUAUUUUCCUUGAAGCUCAAGUGGCUGGCCCUUGUGAUCGCUGGGAUUUCUCUCCAAGCAGCUAAUCUGUAUGGCUACGUCCUUUGUAAGAUGGGCAGCGAGAGUGACAUCAGCAAAGUCACAUCCAGCUUUCUGUCCCAGACGAUGUUCCUGACGGCCUGCCCAAGUGACUUCCAGAAACCUGACCUGGAGGGGCUGGAGAUCCACCGGCAUUAG